UCUCUUUCAAUCUGGUUUUCUGAGCCCAGAUUCGACUUGGAACUUUCCUUCAUGUGGCACUCUCCUCCUGAGCUAGCCGAAGUAUAGAGACUAGAGAGAGAAACAAGAAAGAGAAAAACUGUGCGUUCCCAUCUUUCUUCGGUAUCUCCUGAUCCAAUCUUUUGAUUUUAUUCAAAAAUCAUAUCUUUCACGAUUCUUUUGAUUUUUAUUCAGAAAAACAGUAAUGGGUAUUGCUGAAUUCACCCGGUCCAUUGAUUGGGAACAAGAAUCAUACCCAGAAUACGGAGAUUUCGCUGUCCUCCCAUUCUUUGCUCUUCUCUUCCCCUCCGUUCGUUUCUUUCUCGACAGAUUCCUAUUUGAGAAACUGGGUAGAAGAUUGCUGUUUGGGAAACAACAGCAGAAAUUGGAUGUUGAGACAGAUGUGAAGAGAAAAAAGCUACGAAAAUUCAAAGAAUCGGCAUGGAAAUGUAUUUAUUAUCUUUCAGCAGAGCUUUUGGCGCUUUCUGUUACUUAUAAUGAACCAUGGUUCUCUAACACAAGAUUUUUUUGGGUGGGGCCAGGAAAUCAGGUCUGGCCUGACCAGCAGAUUAAGUUGAAAUUGAAAGGACUCUAUAUGUUUGCCGCUGGGUUCUACGCAUACUCUAUAUUUGCUCUGAUUUUCUGGGAAACGAGGCGCUCCGAUUUUGGAGUGUCAAUGGGACAUCAUGUUGCAACUCUCAUUCUGAUUCUGCUUUCUUAUAUAUUAAGGUUUGCUCGUGUUGGCUCAGUUGUUUUAGCUCUUCAUGAUGCUAGUGAUGUACUUCUGGAGAUGGGGAAGAUGUCCAAGUACAGUGGUGCAGAAGCUCUUGCCAGCUUUUCGUUCAUUCUAUUUGUUAUAUCUUGGCUCCUACUUCGCCUCAUUUACUAUCCAUGUUGGGUCCUCUGGAGUACAAGUUAUGAAGUUGUAAUUACCUUGGACAAGGAAAAGCACAAGGUGGAAGGACCAAUUUACUACUACGUGUUCAAUACUCUUCUUUAUUGCUUGCUUGUUCUUCACAUUUACUGGUGGGUGUUGAUGUAUCGGAUGCUUGUCAAACAAAUACAAGCAAGAGGCCAUCUCAGUGAUGACGUUCGAUCUGAUUCCGAAGGUGAAGACGAUCAUGAAGACUGAUUUUACAGUUGCAGUUGCUGCUGGAUAUGCGCGGAGGUAAAGAGCACUUGUGGUUUGCAUGUUCCAAAAUGCACGCUGAAUGUUGCGACCAGAUGCGUGCAUCAAUUCGAGAUCAGCUGCAAAAUCCAGGUAAUGAAGGGUCCAUUUCAAGAUUCGGAUAGUUUGCUCACAUUAUCAUCAUGUAAGCUUCCAUUGAGUGCUGCCUCAAAGAAUAAACUGUUGCGAGGAAAAGUUCAUUUCUGUUUUGCAAUAAAAUUAUUUGAGGCGGUUUUUUAUUUUGGAUCUCCCUUGUCACCCAAUGAACCUCAGUUUAGCUGUUUUUUCCCCUUCAUUUUUACUUGCUAGAGUACCUGCAGUUUUGUUUUUUUUCGCUUACCGAGGGUGUCCGAAUCCGAAACAUUUUGUCUCGACUAAUUGUAUGUUGUAGCUUAAAGAACCUGCUCUCUUUUUUUCUUCUAA